AUGUCCAACAAACCCAACUUUACCAAUGCCGAAUGGAAUUUGCUCGCUUGGAUGGCUACCGAAGGCUAUCCUCAAGGUCAACUGAACGCAACUCUUGGUUUGAUGGGAAACACCGUCAAUCCUCAGGACCUUGGGAAUCUCCCACUUCCUACUUCCAACAUGGUUGCGAAUAAUCUUACUACCGAGUGGCCGCCUGUUCCACCGAUUGUACCUCCGCCAAAUAUAACCGUACCCAAUGAAACUCUUCGCAACGAUACUCCUGCAACUUCUUUGGAACCAACUUUGACAGGUAAUGAGGAAUGGGAAAAAUGGCUUGACGAUGAAGGUCUGGAUGAAAUUCUUCAGCAGUUGGAGGGGAAUCCCAGUGAUGGAUCUUCAGAAACAAGUGGGGCAAGUGUCAUCGCUCAAGCUGGAUCACUUGCAAGUGAUGUGAGUGACGGGUACAUGGGUGAUGUAGACAACUCUGCCCACUCUCCUUCACCUGCAAUGUCGAACACUACACGCAUUCAUGAUGAAAAAUCUCUCGCCAUUACCAAAUACGGGGUCAUCCGAGCUGCAAAGUGCAUCAACUGCUCGUCCGUCAAAGGCAAGCGUCCCGACUGUAAGCAAUUCAAGCGAUACACACCCUGUCUUCGCUGUACUAAGAUGGGGAAAGUAUGUAAUUUGAUCUAUGAGGGGAUGGGAAAACAUCCAAUGGAGGUUAGGAGGAAUCCGAAACGCAAGGCUAGGGCUGGACCUUCGUCUCCAGAUGUCCAAUAUCUUGGUACUGCUCAGAUGGCAUUCACUAUGGAUCCAGGACCUUCUACUCAACCUCCGUUUUUGUCUUCGAUGAUCCCUGACAGGUCUCCUGACCAUUCCCCAUUGGGAUAUGUGCCUACUUUCCCUUCUUAUCAUGCUCCUACGGUCAUGCAGAUGUCCGAACAUCUAGCCUUUCUCCACCAAUGGAACCAAGCAGCAACGGCUCAUGAAGACCACGCCCGUCUGACCCGCUGGCAGAUGAUCGCUCAAGUUCAGAACAUGAUCGAUGAUGCUAAGAAAGGCAAGGGGAAAGGAAAAGAGCGUGAGGAUGAAGAGGAUGAUGAGUGA